CAAAAAUGCACUGCGAAUGGUUCGUGCAUUGCCUAGAAUUUCAUUUUUUGUGUAAUUACAACUAAAAUGCGUUUUACACGAGAAUAUAUACAAAAUUUUUAACUUUAAUGCUGUCAUUAAAUGUAUCGAAAACAAUUUUAUAUUGGGAAGUGGAAAUUAAAAUUCUAUUUUAGUAUUACUUGAAUUUUGUCCUGUGAUAUUCGAAGUUCGGGAGUUGGAAAUUUUAAUAUUCAUAAAUUUUGGUAAGAUUUCGGCUGUGGAACAAUGACUACGUCUUCUGAGGACGUAUUGCUCAGCGUCAGUUAUGUGAAAUAUAAAAAGGGCGAUGGGACUUUAUACGUAAUGAAUCAAAGACUGGCGUGGAUGCUUGAAAAUCGAGAUACAGUGGCAGUUUCACAUAAAUAUGCCGAUAUCAAAACACAAAAAAUAUCACCAGCUGGCAAACCAAAGGUCCAAUUACAAGUGGUGUUGCAUGAUGGCACUUGUUCUACAUUUCAUUUUGUCAAUCCCGCCGGUGCGGAUGCACAGGCGAAGGACAGGGACCAGGUGAAGAUGCUGUUGCAGAAUCUUCUGCCAAAGUUCAAGAGACAGAUAGAUGGCGAGCUGGAAAUGAAAUCUAGGUUACUCUCCCUACAUCCUAUUUUAAAGCAUUUAUAUGAAGACUUAGUGAUAUCAAAAGUAAUUAAUAGUGAGGAAUAUUGGAACACACCUACAUUAAAACAUUACACGGAGUCCAAUAAUGUUAAACAAGAGGCUGGUGUUUCUGGAGCGUUUCUGGCGGAUAUCCAGCCCCAGACUGACGGGUGCAACGGUCUGAAAUACAAUCUCACUCAAGACAUAAUAGACGCAAUAUUCAAAACGUAUCCAGCAGUAAGAAAGAAACACAUAGAUUAUGUACCCAAUAAGAUGACAGAAGCCGAAUUCUGGACUAAGUUCUUUCAAUCACAUUAUUUUCAUAGGGAUCGUAUAGCAUCAUCUUCCAGUAAGGACCUGUUCGGGGAAUGUGCCAAAAUGGACGACCAUGCAAUCGCGUCAGCUAUGAAGCACACAACGCUGGAUCUCACAGUAGACCUGCCACAGUUCAGCGAAGCAGCGCCUCUAGAAGAGGAUACGGAGCGUGAAAAGGAUAAUUCCAUUCACCGCAACAUGAUCAAACGGUUCAAUCAACACUCCAUCAUGGUGCUCAAAGCUAGUCAUAAAACAAAUUCUAGUAAUAUAAAUAGCAGUAAUAGUAACAAAACAAAUAACAACAAAGUUGUUGAGAAUGGUCUGAAAGAGACAAACGGUGUGGGCGAGAAGAGGCCAGCACAAGAAAAUAGCACAGACCCACCGGACAGGAAGAAGAGAAUAUUAGAGAAGAUACACUAUGAAGAUCUAGAAGAUAGCAAUAGGAGUGAAACUGCACAGGAAUUGAAAUUAUCUAAGGUAGAAAGAUAUUUGUUAGGUCCAUCGUCUCACACGACGCAGACGAGUGGUCACUGUAACAAUCCGCCGCCGGUCUCCGCGUUAGCAUCCAUUUGUCAGUCGUGGGCGGGCGUGGCGCGGCCGCUGCGAGCCAGCGCCAGCGCCGCCGUCGGCGCCCUCGGGGAGCUCAGCCCCGGCGGCGCGCUCAUGAGGCACCACCACGCCGCCUGCAUGGCGCAACUGAUCCCGCCGGACGUAAAGAGCGAGCUGCAGCGUCUGUACGUGUCGUGCGGGGAGUUGUUGCGUGAGUUGUGGCGCAGCCUGCCGCAGCCUGCGGGCGCGGGGGGUGCGGGGGGUGCGGGAGGUGCGGGGGGUGCGGGGGGGAGCACUGCCGACGACGACGCGGCGCGCGCACACAACUUCUACGAGGCGCUGCUUCGGUUUCGGAACGUCAAGUUGCGGCCCUUCGAGGAGAAGAUGCUACGAGACCUCACACCAUUGGCGACGUCCCUGACCCGUCAUUUGAACCAAAUGAUCGACGCCGCAUGCGCCAAGUACGCCGUGUGGCAACAGAGGCGAGCUGCGCUACGGUAGUACUAGAAGUACUACCAGUACUGCCGACGCUUCGCCUCGGUAUAGUAUUACAGUACGUAGCAGCAUUAUAACACGUUUCUCUUCGCAAUACUACCGGAACAAGUUCAUGUCCUACCUCAACGUGCGGUAGUACCUUGAUUUCUUGCGGUACUAUGGCGACAUUAGUAUUACAGUACGCAGCAUUACGAUGCUUUCCAUCCGCAAUAUUAUCGCAACUGGACGAUGUCCUACUGUAGUGUUCACUUUGACAUUUAAGUCUACUUAUAAAUCGUAGUAUAUAAUUGUUAUCGACAUAAUAUCGUUAGUCAUAACGUCUUAACUUCGCGGUGUAUUCACGGGGUAUCUAAAUAAUAUGUUAAUUAUCGCAGGCUUCCUACAUGUUACUGCUUAUUCAUUUAUUAAAAAUAAAACAUUUAUUCAACACACAAGAUUCUUGUUUUCCGUUCUUGUGAAGAAUCAAAAAUAUAUUACUAUUCAAAAGUGAUUAUAUUGAAUUUACUUGAAUAAAGAUUAUUUCUAUUUCUAUUACUAAUUUUACACUACAACUACCUCAACGCGGUAGGACAUCAACUAUUUGCGGUAGUAUAGCGACACGAUGUAAUAACGCACGAUACAAUGUUGUAUGGGGCCAUACAAGUCUACCGGUAUCUGUAAAGUAACUUAGCAAUAUUUGCUAAACGGUCUGAUAUAUUUGAAACUAGUAUUUGUGCAAAUUAAAAUACUCGAUGAUCAAAAAUUAUUUCGCAAUAGUUCAGAGUCACAGAUAUCUUCAGAAAAUAUUUCUAAAGAUACUACUACUAUAAUAAAAACAAAUAUUUUUCCGCCAUGUUGGUUUCCCGCGUUUUCAAUAAUUACAAAAUGGCGUCGUAUACACUAUGCGUUCGGAAAUCAGUCUAUGAAUUAGGUUAUAGACAGAUGUUGCCUUAAUCUAACCAAAGCAAUGUUUUGCUUAAUGUAAUUAAAUUUGAUUUAUUUUUGUUACAUUAUAGUUAAAAAAGUACAUAAUAUGACGGAUCAUUGCACAACCAUAAACAAAAUGGUGGACAAUUAUGGCUUGGAUAUACACAAAGUUAAGUUUAUAGCAAAACUAAAUUUGACUUACCCACAAAAUGUUGUACAUACGUAUUUAGUAAUUAAUGUAUAAUAAUAACUCAUCUGUGAAUAACGAAUAUCAAGUUAAUUAUACUUUAUUUAUGUAAUGUUAUAAUGUUGAUUGCAUUUUGUAAACCAAAUCGAAUCGAAGUGGAGUUACUCAAUAGUUUAAUAUCACUCGUAAAUAAUAAUCGAGGCAAACUGUACAAAGUUGUUCCCGUUUGAGCAGUGAAAGCUGUUCCCGUUAAGGCGUGAGAUGAGGCAGUAAAAUUACAAGGCAUAACGCCUUGAUUGUCAGAAAUGGCCAUGCAUAUAUUACGAUGGGCAUCACAGUCGAUUAUGUUAUGUCCGUAAUAUAUGCAAUGGUUAUCAUUUACCAUCAGGUGGCAAGUCAGCUUAUUUGCCAUUCGUGUCUCUAAACUUUCCAUUAUAGGAACAUUGGUGCAAAUAAUAAUUAUUAAUCUAUGGUUAUGGUAUAAAACUGCUAAAAUCAAUUCUAGUACCCAUAACAGUCUCUGAUAGUGUUUAUUUAAACCACACUCGUAUUUUAUAAAUAAAACCGACUGAAUCAAUAGUAUAAUUAAUUAUUUAUACAAUUUAAUCUCCAAGUCUGCUUAAAUAUCCGAAUUUGAGAUUAUGCCAUACUGCCUACACGCGAUUUUAUUUAAAAUUAAACGUUAUGUAAAUAAUAACAGGUUUUUAUGUUAAAAUUAUUCAUUAAAUCUUUUACCGUUUAAUGUUUAUAUUAUAAUUUGUGUUGUUAAUUAGGCAUAUCAAUAUUUGUACAUUGAUUUUAAUUAGUUAUUGGAUUAAAUGUAAUUUAUUUGUGUAACGUAUCAUAACAAGUGUUACAAAAUUCAUAAAAAAAAUAUUCUCAACGAAAGAUCAUAAAUGAAUUAAUUGUUGUCGUGGACCGAUUACGAUGUUAUUGUAAAUGACUGUAGGCUUUAAAUUUGUAAUAAAGAGAAAUAAUUAAUGAUUGAUAUAUACUUGAAUUAUAUUGAGUCUGAAAACUGUAACGAUGUAUUUAUAAGUAACUGUCAUAUCGCAAUUUGACAAAUACAAAAUGGCGGAAUAUGUCAAAACGUGUAUUGUGUUCGUACAUUAUUUAAUGAAAUGGCGACAAUAACGCAUUAGUUUUUGUAAGUGUAAUAAUCCAAAAUAUCUCGCGUUACCACGUCGACAUAACUAAAUAACUAAAUUUAGAUUUAAUGUGUUUUAGUAUUGAGAAUGUAUUUUGUUAGCGAUUUGAUUUACUGAAUAAAUGUACGUUUAAAUUGAACCGGUCGAAGCAAUAAUUACAUUGUUGAUUUCAUGUAUAGAAUUCUGAAUAAUGUAACAUCGAGCACAUAUUUGUUGUUUGUUACAAUUUAAAAAACAUAUGUGGCUAGUUCGUAUGUUCCAAUUGUGUUCUCGAUAACCAUUAUUCUCAAGAUCUCUAAUAUUUUUGUAAUGUC